AUGGCCUCGUGCCUCCGCCACAAGGCCAGGCUGCUGCUCCUCCUCCUCCUCGGCGCGGCGCGCUUCAUGGCCGAGGCGACACAGACUGGUGGACUACUGGCGCGCAGAAGCUGCGGCGGCGUGGGCCGACGGACCUCCCAGCUCCCGCUUCUUCGCCUCCACAGGACUUCACAGCGACCCCGCUUGUUCGGGCGGCGUCUCUCGCUCCCCGGACGGCGCGUCACCACACUUCGCUUUCAAGAACUCACAAGGCUGGCGCUUGCCUGGCCUCGCCGGCACCUUCCAUCCAUGGCCAUUGCCACGCCUCCCGCGCUAACCUCGCUCUCCCUCGUGCGGGCGUCACACACGGACGCUUAUCCCCGGCCGCCACCUCCUCCCGCACUCGCUUCCUCGCGCCAUCGGGAACCUCCUCUCCGGCGACCUCCCGGCGCCCUUCAUACCAAGGCCCGCACCGUCGACCUCAAGAAGAACGGGUUCACGGGGCGGGUACCCGUCGUCCGCCCGGUGCGGGACUCGCGGACGCCGUCCUCUCCCCACAACGCGCUUCUCGGCGAGAUCCAUGGUGGUGAGGUCCCCGCUGCUCCACCUCGACCGCAAAGAACCGCUUUGUCGGGCGGGUCCCGCCACGCCGCACACCUUGGUGUACUCUCUCAUUGGCGGGGAACUGCUCUCCGCCAUGUCGGGGCGCGCGGCGGCGGCCUUUGCCAGUCGUUGCUCGUCGACCUUUGGACGGAACUGGUUCUCCCGGCGAGGGAUGGCAAGAGUCGGCAAUUUGCAUUCAUUGGUUACAGAACCAAUGAAGAGGCAGAGGAGGCACUCAAGUAUUUCAACAACACAUACAUUGAUACUUGUAAGAUCACCUGCGAGGUUGCCCGAAAGAUUGGUGACCCUGAUGCUCCUUGCCCUUGGAGCCUCCAUUCUUUAAAGAAGCCCGAACAUGCUAGCAAAGGCAAGAAUAAUGCUGGAGCUGUUGAUGCACCGCCAAAAGGUUCCAAGGCUCAAGGAACCUCAGCUCAUGUUAGUGGUUCUAAAGGCAGUGUAGCUAAUGAUCCCAAGUUCCUAGAGUUCCUUGAAGAUAUGCAGCCCCGUUCUAAAGCCAAGAUGUGGGCAAAUGAUACAGCUGCUACUCUUGACACCGCUGCAAAAGAUAGCAUAGUAUUCACUAAAGAAUCUAAGGGACCUCUAAAAAAUGUUCCGACCUCUGAGAAUGAUUCAUCUUCUGAAUACACUUCUGAUGACGAGGAAAUGACAAAUGAUUCGUCUUCCGGAAAGGCUUCGGAGGAGCUACAGACAGAGAAUAAACAAGACAAGAAUAUAACUGAUGCAGAUUUCUUCAAGAGUAAAUCAAAUACCACCACUGAUGAUGAAGAUUCGUCAGAUGAAUCACAAGAUGCAAAUAACCAGUUGGCGGAUCUGAAGGGCAAUCUUGACAAGAAAAACAUUGUGGACAAGGACACUAUUGUGGAUAAUACCGACUUGCAAGAGGUGGAAGAUCUUGACAACAAAGAGAGUGAAGAUCUUGAUGGCAGACAAAGAGAAACUGAAAUUCGUGAAGAUCAAGAAGGGGAAGAUGAAAAUGGUGCUCCAAUUACUGAUGAAAAGAAGUUGGCCCUGGAGACUGGUCGUCUAUAUAUCUUCAACCUUCCAUAUGCAACCAGUGAAGAUGAUUUAGUGGAGCUGUGCCGCCAAUAUGGUGAUGUGGAACAGGCACACAUUGUUGUCGAUAAAACCACUAAGCUAUCAACCGGUAGAGGCUAUGUGCUUUUUAGCCUUCCGGACUCAGCAGUCAGGGCACUUGAUGAACUAGAUAACUCAAGUUUUCAGGGCCGAUUGUUACGUGUUAAGGCUGCUAAACCGCUAAAUAAUAAUAAGUUGGAGUAUAAUCAUGAAACUGUUUUGGAGAAAAUGAGUCUCAAGCAGAAAAGGUUGGAACAAAAGAAAGCUUCUGAGAUCAGUGGGGAUACGAGAGCAUGGAACAGCUUUUAUAUGCGUCAAGAUACUGUUGUUGAAAACAUUGCAAGGAAGAAUGGUAUCAGUAAGAGUGAGUUACUAGAUAGGGAGGCAGAUGACCUUGCUGUUCGUAUUGCUCUUGGUGAGACACACGUCAUUGCAGAGACCAAGAAAUUUCUAUCAAGAUCUGGAGUUAAUGUUGCUGCAUUGGAGGAACUUGUUUCUAAAAGAAACGAGAAGUUCAAAAGAAGCAAUCAUGUGAUAUUAGUAAAGAACUUGCCAUUUAAUUCUACGGAAGAAGAACUUGCGGCAAUGUUUCAGAAACAUGGUAGUUUGGAUAAGAUCAUUCUACCUCCAACAAGAGUAUUUGCCUUGGUGGUCUUUGUUGAAGCAACUGAAGCCCGUCACGCAUUCAAAAAAUUACUAUAUACGCGAUACAAUGACUGGUACAGCUUACAAACAUUUGCAUUUUUGUUUGAUUAUUACAAAGAAAUACGGCAACUCUCCUCUGAAGAGUUUCAGGUGAGAAGGAAAGCUCAAGAGGGCCUUGAACAGGCCAACAAAGCAAGGGCCACUUACUGGAAGCAACGAAGCAAGAACAAGGCCAUUCGAGAAGGCGACUCCAACACAGCUUUCCAUCACGCACAAGCGACUCAACGACUAAGGCAUAACUUCAUUCGUAUGGUACGAGUGGAGGGCACAGAGAUUGUCAACCAUGACGGCAAGACGGCUGCCCUGACCUCAUACUUCCGAUCGAUAAUGGGCACGCCUGGGGAAUCAGUGGAUACAGACCUUGCCAGCUUAUAUGAGGAAAGAUCGCAGCCAAGCAACUCACUGACAGAUGCAUUUUCAGAGGCUGAAACCAAACAAGUGCUGCUGCUGAUGAACCGUAACAGUGCUCCCGGCCCUGAUGGCUUCGGGCUCGCAUUCUACAGAGCGGCAUGGCCAACAGCGCGUGUGCAAAUCACGGACUUCAUGGCAGCCUUCCACCGGGGCGAUGCACAGCUAGAGAGCAUUAACAGAUCACAUAUGGUGCUCAUCCCCAAGAAGCUGGGAGCUGUUGAUGUCGAUGCCUUCAGACCAAUAUGCCUGCAAAACUGCACCUUGAAGAUUCUUUCAAAAGUUCUAACAAAGAGGCGCUGCAAGAUGAUAUUCCGAAUCUAA